AUCUGUUGUGCCUUUCCAAUCUUGAACUUUCAGCCACCACCCACCAAACCCCCCGGAAAACACAAGCAAGCAUCUUCUCGUCUCCCACCGAACGUUUGCCUUCAAAACCAACCACCUGCACACACUACUCUUCAAGCUUCCAGAUAUCCACACUUUUUUGUUUUUAUAAACCGAUAUAAUGGCUUCUGAACUUUGCCCUGUCUACGCACCCUUUUUCGGUGCCAUGGGGUGUACCGCUGCCAUCGUUUUCACCUGCUUUGGUGCCAGUUAUGGAACCGCGAAAUCCGGUGUCGGUAUCUCUGCUAUGGGUGUUUUGAGACCUGACUUGAUCGUCAAGAACAUUGUACCCGUUAUCAUGGCUGGUAUCAUUGGUAUCUAUGGUCUCGUCGUCUCCGUCCUGGUGUCUUCAGGUCUUCAUCAGAUUCUCCCUCUCUACACAGGGUUCUUACAGCUUGGUGCUGGCCUUUCUGUCGGGCUUGCUGGUUUGGCAGCAGGAUUUGCCAUCGGUAUUGUCGGCGACGCCGGUGUCCGUGGUACUGCUCAGCAGCCGAGACUCUUUGUCGGAAUGAUCUUGAUCCUGAUUUUCGCUGAAGUCUUGGGAUUGUACGGUUUGAUCGUAGCCUUGUUGAUGAACUCCAGAGCUUCCACGGAUGUCCAGUGCUAAGCGCUCGUGGCAAUGAAGAACGAGAGAUCUGCUGGGAAUGUCAAUGAUGCGUGUGGGUCACCAUACGGCUGAAGCAGAAUGUGGAAUGUAAUCUUUUUGCGCUACUUUGUGGCGCAGUGCCUCGGUGGGGUUACAAGAUGGAAAGGAGGAAACGAAUAAUCUAUCUUAUCGCAUAUUUUUCUGAACCGGUUCUUUUGAGGUUCAUCUGGACUGGACAAGGACUAUGGAGGUAAUGAGGUUAGUCUAUUUGUCUUAUUCCCCUGUUUUCGUUUGUGAAAAUAGUUGGGCUUUUUUUUUUUUUUAGAAAAACGUAAUUAAAUUUUUUCGUGUUA